AUUUUUUGAAGGUUUUAAUUCGUUACCUUGUGGUGUCCUGAUGAUGCUAUGCUUCGAAUUGAACAUAAGUAAUUGAAUAUUAUCGUGUGUAAAUGUGUUGGUGAAGUAUCGGGAGUUAAUUUGACAUCAAUGACGUACCAGUCUCUUCAUAUAUAUAUAAAGCAUUUGUCAAAUUUUAAUUCAUAAUCGUUCUAUUUUCUACGUCACGCGUACGGGGAAUAAAAUUGGCAGCCAUAUUGACACACUUCAAAACAACUAUUUCUGAGAACAGUUGGCUGAACAUUAUUGUGUAAUCCACGUUCGAGCCCAGUUUGGGUUUCUUAGAUUUACCAGGCUGUUGUGGUAUUCAUCAAGCUAGAUUUCUAUUCUAAACUGCUAUGGCUACUGUCCAGGCUGAAACACUUGUCAGUCAAAGUCAUAAUCCUGGCAGUCCUAAUAGAUUAGGAUUGUCUAUGAAUUCAAAUUCCAUCACAAGAGAUAUGAUGGCAGAUGAUAUGGGAUGGAAAGCAAAAUUGAAAUUACCUCCUAAAGAUAAAAGGAAAAAAACUUCAGAUGUUACAGAUACAAAAGGAAAUGAAUUUGAAGACUUCUGUUUGAAACGAGAACUAUUAAUGGGUAUCUUCGAGAAAGGUUGGGAGAAACCCUCACCUAUUCAAGAAGCAAGUAUUCCCAUUGCUCUCUUGGGAAGAGACAUUUUAGCCAGAGCUAAAAAUGGCACAGGAAAGACGGGUGCUUACAUCAUUCCAAUUCUUCAACGAAUUGAUGUUACUAAAGAUUACAUUCAAGCUCUGGUAAUUGUCCCUACAAGAGAACUUGCAUUACAAACAAGUCAAAUCUGUAUUGAGCUUUCAAAGCAUAUUGGAGCAAGAGUCAUGGUGACAACUGGAGGCACAAAUCUUAAAGAUGAUAUCAUGCGAAUCUAUGAAAAUGUCCAUAUAAUCAUUGCUACUCCUGGAAGAAUACUAGAUUUGAUGGAGAAAAAUGUUGCUAAAAUGGACAGAUGUAACAUUUUAAUAUUAGAUGAGGCUGACAAACUCCUGUCGCAAGAUUUUAAAGGAAUAUUAGAUAAGGUUAUAAGCUACCUUCCUAGUGAUCGUCAGAUUUUGCUGUAUUCAGCUACAUUUCCUCUGACAGUUGAACAGUUUAUGAGAAAGCACUUGUCAGAUCCAUACGAGAUAAAUCUUAUGGAUGAAUUGACCUUGAAAGGAGUAACACAGUAUUAUGCAUUUGUACAAGAAAGGCAAAAAGUCCAUUGUUUGAACACAUUGUUUUCAAAACUCCAAAUCAAUCAGUCAAUUAUCUUCUGCAAUUCUACUCAACGAGUAGAACUUCUUGCCAAGAAAAUUACCGAAUUGGGCUAUUCUUGUUAUUACAUUCAUGCUCGUAUGUCCCAGCAACAUCGUAAUCGUGUCUUCCAUGACUUUCGUGCUGGACUGUGUCGGAAUCUGGUUUGUUCUGAUCUUUUCACUAGAGGUAUUGAUAUUCAGGCUGUGAAUGUUGUGAUAAACUUCGACUUUCCUAAGAUGGCAGAAACUUAUCUCCACCGUAUUGGCAGAUCAGGAAGAUUUGGUCACCUUGGCAUAGCCAUUAACCUCAUUACAUAUGAUGAUAGAUUUAAUCUACAUCGCAUAGAACAAGAAUUAGGCACAGAAAUUAAGCCUAUUCCAAAGGUCAUUGACAAGAGCCUGUAUGUACCAGAAUUUCAAAUGGAAGAGAAUGAAGCCAAUAACUAAUAAAUGCUCAUAAGAUUUUUAAUCCAACAGCUGUGAGAUUUCUUGUGAAUUCACUUUAUUUCAUGCAAUGAACACUGGUAAUUUGUCAUUUGGCAUAGUCUGCCAGUAUUUAUUUUUACUUAUUUAUUUUCUAAUUCUGCCUAUUAGGGAUGGGAGGGGAUUUUCCAGACUGCCAGAACUGUCAUGCCAGUGACUGUCAAUUCGAGAAUUUCAACCUUGGUGCGUAUUGAAAAUAAAAAUAAAAAAUCAUCGUAGUAGUUCACCAAAUCUUCUGAUUUUAAUCUGUUGUGAAGUUGGCUUUCUGGUCACGGCCAUAGCAUCUAGUUUCAAACUGUCUUUACUGAAUGUUGUGUGGCCUUUCUGCAGCAGUAAUGAAAUUAUCUUUUUAACCAACUUGAGACUUGGCCCACAACCUUCAGGAGGGAAAAAAAAUUACUCAUGAGUUUUUUCACGGCUGUGUAAAUAUUCUGUACAGUGGGACUUCAUGUGUUAAACUGGUGUCAUUCUUGUAAAUAAUACGCCCUUCCCCGAGUUGAUGAUUUCAUCAGCACUGUUUUCACAAACUGAGUUAAUCAUGUUUUGAAGAACGAUCGUUUUCUUCGGAGACUAUGCUCAUCUGGAUGGCUUUGUUUACUAGUCUUGAUGGCCAAUCGAAUGGUUUUCACGAAAUUGGAUGGAAAUAACUAAAUAUUACUCAUGUUAAUUUUAAUUUUUUGAAGCCAUUUUUUGCUCUCCAGAUGGGCAUUGCUCUUAUUUGUAGGUUUUCUACACCUAUUUUUGUAAUCUAAAAAAUAUAAUGAAUCUGGUUAGACAUUUCUCUGGAUAAUUUAAUUUUUUGUUUAAGCAGCACUUUAUUUUCUUAAAAAUAAAUGUUCACUUUUUUUCAUGUGAAGAUCUGAGGUUUUCAAGUGAACAAUUCAUUGGCCUUUAUUAAAAAUUUAGUUUUAACUCUUCGCCUUUAUGCUUGAUCCAGAGAAAUGUCUACCAGUUUAGUGUACAUAUUAUAUAUAAAUAUAUUUCAAAUGAUGAGUGAUCUCAAAGUCCUUGCACCUCUAAAGGGUGUGUUGUUAUAGAUCUAUUAACAUGGAAUUAGUACGGCAACUACUCAAAAUGGCCGACAUGGAAACUCUAAUAAAAGAAUAUUCAAAUCAUGAGAUCUAGUGCCAAUGAGUGUUGGUUCUGAGGACUGAACUGCCCAGAGGUCCGAUUGGUGCACAAUUUCCUCUGCCUGCAAGAUUCUACAAAAUGUGAAGCAAAAUUCCUGGAUAUACUGCUUCAAGUGCUGCUCCAAGCUUCCCACCUUUUUGGUUGUCUUCAUCUGAAGAUGAGAUGCUGCAAAACUUUUUUUUUCUUUCAGUUUGUAAAACCUCAGAUUUUCAAUUGCAAAAGAAAUCGGAAACAAAUCCCGAGUUUUGGUAUUGUUUCCUAUCUUUAACUUCUAAUUUGAACUUGGCAUCUGUUUCCGAUUUCGUACUGAGUAAAACCCAUCUGUGCCAAAAUGCAUAGUAUUUCUCUCUAUGGAAUGGAACUUCCACUUAAUGCGUAAUUAUCCUAUUUUUAAAAUUCAUUUUGCACAUGAUGGUUGAGUUGGUACAAAAGCUGCGGUCCCGAUCCCCCGUUAGCUUGCUCAUAGUUUUACUCAGGUGUAGAGAAUUUAGCACGGUUCCAUCUGCUUUUGUCUAAAUGAAGUGGAUCACAAAAAUUAGAAGAACAAAUGAUUCAAAAAUACUUUUUGGCUUGUUUUUUAAUUUGAUUAUUUGACUGUUUUGAUCAAAAUUGAUAAUUAUACAAUACAAUAAAUGAUUCUGAUUGGC